AUAUCAAAGUAUCAUACAUGCCUAUCUAAACAAACCUCAACAUUCUUUAAUGGAACACAUCAAGAUAGAGGACUCAACAAAGUAAAAGUAACAGUGUCUGGCAUUCAUACAAAAUUGCUAGGCAUAGGGAGAAGCAGAAAAAUGUGACUCAUGCACAAGGAAAAAAAGGCAACAGAAACAGCUAGAAUUAUGAAAGAUGAAAGAAUUAGCAGACAAGCAUCAUAAAAUAACCAAUAUAACUAUUAUGAAUAUCCUCAAGGGUUUAAAGGACAAUGUGAUCCUAAUGAGGAGAGCAAUGGAUGAUAUAAAAAGAACCAAAUGGAAUUUCCAGGGAUGAAAAAUACAAUAUUCGAAAUGCAGCCUGUCCUGGAUGAGAUUAGCAGAAGAUUAGAAUGCAGAAGAAAGAAGAAAAGGUUAUUGAACUUGAAGAGACAUGAAGAGAAAGUCUCCCAUUUGAAGCAUGGUCAGGGAAGGAGAUGGCUCCAAUCACUUGUGAUACAAUAUCAGGAACUAUGUUACACAUUUGAUUGGAACAUUGCACCCAAUAGUAGAAGAAUAUGCAUCUUUCCGAGAGUAUACAGAACACUGAUCUUGGGAGAGCAUAUUCUGUUUCAUAAAUCAAAUCUCAACAAAGUUUAAAAGAUUGAAAUCAAGAAAUAUGUUCUUUGAGAAGAAAGGCAGUACUUAAGCCUAACUGCUAAUAUUAUAAAGAGGAAUCUCAAAUAGGUUGUCUACCCUACCACAAGUUGGGUCUUCGAGAUCAUGAAAGUUGAUAGCUCUCUGCCCAGAACCAUGAAGAAAAAGAACAGAGAAGACUUACCAAUAUAAGGCACGACAGUAGCAACAUCAGUACGGAUUCCGUACAUUUGAAAAGUGUAAUGAAGGGACAGUACGAACAACCCUACGGACUUACAUGUCUGAUGCUGGGCGAAGGGGCGGAGGACAUGUCCUCAGGUGGGAAGCAGCCUCCAUAAUAUGUGACUGGAGCCUCCCUAAGAAUGCCACAUCAAGGGUUUCCAAAGUAUUGUCAUGUGACCGGUGCCUCGCAGCUUCAAACCCCACCUCAUGAUGCUGCAGGUGUGCGUCAGGCUGCAAAGAGAAAAGGUUGCCAAGUGAAGGCUAGCCGCACAGCCGGGCCUUUCUUCCGUCACCUCAGGUGCUCCGCCCUUUGCUCGCAGUGCCGGUCCUGGCUCAGUCCGCUGGCCCGGAAGAGGAGGGACCGGACACCGCACCCAUCACCCUCGUGGCCGGCGGUCCGUGACGCACCAUGGGGUCUUUUGCGUCCAAGGCUGCCCUCGGGGCUACCACCGACGAGCCCACAGAACCCGAGCCGAAACACCUGGCAGCGUUUUAUCCAGCAUCUUGCAUCUAGGAGCUCUUUGUUCACUUUACACAACUUCCUGGAUAAAAGCGCGCUAGAAGGCUAUGCUAUGUCAACCUUCAUCAGGCGAUAUAGCAGGUACUUGAAUGAGAAGUCACUCGCAUGUAGACUGAUCACAUCUGACAUCACCAAAGCCAGGAGAGGGAUGGAUGGUAUGAUGAGAACUAUGGAUACAAAACAGCUGCUAAACACUCUUCCAGUUAUUCAAAUUCAGUUUGAUGCUCUUCUUAAUUUUAAUGCAAAUCCUGACCAGUUAACGAAUGGUAUAAUCCAUGCUGCUUUCAUGCUUCUCUUUAAGGAUUCUCUUCGCCUCUUUGCAGCCUAUAAUGAGGGGAUCCUUAAUCUGCUAGACAAGUAUUUUGAUAUGAGGAAAAGCCAGUGCAAGGAAAGCUUGGAUAUUUGCACCAAGUUCCUUGCGAGAACAACCAGGUUGGCAGAGUUCCUGAAAGUAGCAGAGGAAGUCGGAGUUGACCAGAAAGACAUUCCAUAUCUUACACAGGCACCCUACAGUUUACUUGAAGCCCUAAAACAGCAUUUAGCUUCUUUGGAAGAGAAAAAUGACAGUUUUCCUCCUUACAGUCUUCAGCACGCAUUGAUUCCCCCCAUCCCAAAUAAUCCAGUUGUGAAAACUUCAACAAGCAGAGCUUGGUUCUCAGUCCGCAAACGUGUUGGAGCCAAACAGCAAGGUGGAAAAACCAUUGCAAACAAUCUGGAUGGCUUGCCUGCUAGCCUUGCAGGAAAUCUUAACUUCGGAGAAAGUCCAGUCAACAAAUCUGACAUGAAGUGGCCUCAGACUUCAGACAAGGAAAUUACUGGUGGAAUGAAGUGGCAGCUGAAUACCUACACGUGCACAUCAACCAUCUGGAACCAUGUUUCCAUUCCUCUGGUUCAAACUCCAGUGGGAGCUCCUUACCAAAUGGUACCUCAACGCACGAGUUAUACGCAACCAGGCUCAGAGACCAGCAAGUAACCCUUCUACUCCAUCCACAAGAAAUAAUACACAAUCCAUGUAGAAGUAUCAAAGCACAAAGAUUCAUAUUCAGAGGUGAAAAAAAAAGGUGAUGAUCUCUCUAAAGCCUGAACUAAACCAUCCACAUCUGCCAAGUAAAGUAAACAUUCAUUUGAACCAUCAGUACUUUUGAGACUCUUCAAUUCAAUGUUUUAGAGCUGACGCACUCUACUUCUCUUGUUUUAAUAGUUAUUCUUGAAACUGUAUCCUGCAAAAUUAUCAAAAACUAAAGUUAAUAUCUUAAUUUUCCCUCCCAAAUAACACAAGGACCAUAGAACACUUUUAAACUGUAAGGCCAUUCCCUCCCAACUUACAUACUAUGGUGGUCCAAUAUUUUAGACCUGUCCCGUUUUGUUAGCCCCCCAGGUAAAAAGUAUUCGUAUUUAUAUGAGGCAUCUGGCUGGCUCAGCUGGUAGUACAUGCAACUCGAUCUUGGGGUCAUGAAUUUGAGCCCUAUGUUGAGCAUAAUUAAAAAAAAAGGGAUUAGUAUUUACAGAAACAGUUUUUGCUUAGAUUUAGCCAUGUGUUUACAAAUUCUUUGU